UCAUACACCAAAGGCUAUCUGCUUGUUGUUGUUCUUCUUCUUCUUCUUCUUCUUCUUCUUCUUCUUCUUCUUCUUCUUCUUCUUCUUCUUCUUCUUCUUCUAAUCCACCACCACUUUUUCUUCUUAGAUAUAUACUCAGGUUCAAUGGAUGAGGAGAUGGGUGAAAGAGAAGAAAGGCAAGGCCACAAAAAGUAUCAACCAUUAUACGAAGCAGCAAAGAAAGGUGAUUGGAUUAAGGCUGAAGAAUUCAUUUCUGAAUUCGGCGUGGUGGUCACAGUGACUGCGCAGGUUACGGUCUCCUCUGAUACGGUUUUGCAUGUAGCCGCAACUGAAGGGCACUCAACGUUUGUAGGAAAUCUUGUGAAUCGCAUGACAGAACUACAACUUGAAAGUAAGAAUGAUAAUGAUGAAACUGCACUUCAAAUGGCUGUUCUUGUUGGAAAUAUUGAAUCAAUAAUAAAAAUGGUGGAAAAGAACAAAAAUUUGACACUGAUAGCUGAUAAAGACGAUGCAAUUCCUAUAGUAAACGCCGCUAAUUUUUCCCCACGAAUGGCAAAAAAAGAAAUAAUCGAGUAUCUGUACAGCGUUAUGAAGAAUAAUGCGGUUGACCAGAGUCCCUUCUCUGGUGAUUUGGGUCGAAAAAUAAUAUGUAGUAUAAUUGAUGCUGGUUUCUAUGAUGUUGCUUUGAACAUCAUCAACUCAUAUCAACAUUUGGCUCUUGAAAGAACAGGUGGCCAUUGUGCAUUAGAAAUGAUGGCAGGAAGUCCUAAUGCAUUUCUACGUGAAAGUCAGCUAUCGUUUUGGGAUCAGUUCAUCUACUCAUUGCCAGGCAUUGAUGUAGGUAACAAAAAAUUGAAGAAUGAAGAAGCUGUAUGUUUGGUUAGCCGCAUUUUUGCGAUAAUGAGCUCUACAAAGACCAGCUCAGAAAUCAAAGAAUAUUUUUCAGAUACAAAAAUUUUGGAAAUUGCGAUUACGACGGGAGCAAUUGAUCUUUUAAUAAUGUGUUUGGAUGCUUUUCCUGGUCUAAUCUGGAUUCCGCUGGGUGAACAAGGUCUAAAUAUUUUUUCUAUUGCAAUCAUGCGACGACAAGAAAACAUUUUCAAUCUUGUGUAUCACAUCAAUGGGUUUCAGAAAAAAAUGGCAUCCACAAAGGACCACUACGGCAACACAAUAUUGCAUUUGGCAGCACUAUGCAAUUUUCCUCGUCAAACCAAUCAAGGAUAUUGUAUAGCUCUGCAGAUUCAACGAGAGCUUCAAUGGUUUCAGGAAGUUGAAAGUCUUUUACCACUGGAAUUCAGAAUAGCAACAAACAAUGACAACCAUACUCCUCAAAAGAUUUUUGACCUUGAGCACAACAAAGCAAUUACAGAUGCAGAGAAAUGGACGAAAGAUACAUCUCUAUCGUGCACAUUUGUAUCCGCACUAAUUGCCACUGUCGCUUUCGCUUCAACUUUUGCUGUGCCCGGAGGUAUUUUUUCUGACAGUAGUGAUAUCAAUAAAAGAGGCAUCCCAGUUUUCUUGCACAAAACAGACUUCAUGGUGUUUGCAGUAGCAAAUGCAGUGGCACUAUUUUCUUCCAUUUCGUCACUUCUUUUGUUCUUAGGUCUCCAAACUUCUCAGUUUAAAGAUGAUGAUUAUCUUAGAUUCAUCCCUAAAAGGUUAAUAAUGGGGUUUCUAACUCUGUUCAUCUCUAUUGUUACCCUGAUGAUAGCCUUCUGUGCAACACUUCAUAUCAUACUCGGACCCAGAUUUGAAUGGCUUCCUAUUCCUUUGUCUUUAGCUGCUUCUAUCCCCGUGGGUCUAUUUAUAUGGUCGCAACUUUCUUUAUUUGUCAAAAUGGUAGUCAGUACGUAUGGGCGAAGCAUCUUUCGUAGAGGUCAAUAUUGAGUGGUAUUUUGGUUCCCUUCUCAGACUACUGGUUUUAUAGCAGGAAUUGGGUUACGCCUCAGACCUCAUUCUUCUUUAUUUCAGGGUGACCGAAUCCAUGGGGGCUGAAAAUCUAGUAUAUGUUUUUGGUCAUUCGUUGAAAUUUGUACUGGAAAUCUGAAAUGCUUUUAUUAGACUGGUCGUUUGAAAUAGUUUGUUUGUUGUCGAAUAAGAGAAAUUAAUCUAUCCCGUGUUUCGUCGAUGUAAAUAAACGAUGUGUAUUGCAGUACUCCUUGUA